AUGGCUGAAAGAACAAAUGUAAAAGUAGAUAAAAAUUGGAAUCAAACUACAAAAGAGUCUAAGUAUUGUGGAACAAAAGGUGCUCCUUGCAUUGUAGAAGAAGAUGAUGAAGAGAAGGAAGAAAAGGAGUCUCGAAAAAAGGAAUUAGAGAAGUGGGAAAUUUGCAUAGAUUCUUUCAUGGUGGAAGCAACUUGGAUUGCUACGAGGUAUAUACCAUCUUUGGAGGAAUAUUUAGAGAAUGGAAAAGUAAGCUUUGCGUAUCGUGUUGUGACCUUACAACCACUACUAUCAUUGGAUGUGCCCAUUAAUGAUGAUAUUAUAAAAGAAAUUGAUUACCCUUCAAAGUUCAAUGAUCUUCUAUGCUUAACCCUUAGAUUAAGAGGUGACACAAAGACUUUCAAGGUUGAGGCAGAUCGUGGAGAACUAGCAUCGGGCAUAGCAUGUUAUUUGAAAGACAAUCCUAGAUCUACAGAGGAGGAUGCAUUGGAGUAUCUCAAUUCCUUAAUUGAUGAAAAACUCAAGGAACUAGAUUGGGAAUAUUUGAAACCUGAUAAUGUUCCAAUAAUCAGCAAAUAUCAUAAAUAUGCAUUAUCAAAAGGUAUCCAACUUCUCUACAAAGAAAGAGAUGGAAUUAGUGUCUCAGACAUUGAGACAAAAAAACUUAUCACCAAAGCCAUGAUUGAACCGGCUCCCUAUUAUUGUGAACGUGCUGAGAAGGUGAUUAAGGAGAUCAAGGGCAUUUUCAAUGCCCUUCAUCUAAACUCUUCAUCUACAGAUGAUCUUUAUAAACAUCUUUCAAUGGUGGAAAGAGUCUGGUCUAGGUAA